AUGAAUAACUUUCUCUCCCCUUCUCUCUCUCUCUCUCUCUCUCUCUCUCUCUCUCUCUCUCUUGGGUUUUCUAUCAAUCUCUAUUUCUUCUUUCCCUCUCUAUCUCACUCUUUUCACUUCUUUAUUUCUUUUAUUCUUUUGCUCAAAUUUUCAUUCUCUCAUCACUUUAUUCUUGAGUUCAGAUUUUCAUUCUUUUAUUCUUUCAUCAAAUUUUCAUUCUAUCAUUCUUUUAUUCUUUUGCUCAAUUUUUUUUUCAUUCCUCUAUUCUUUUGUUCAGGCUUUCAUUCUCUCAUCACUUUAUUCUUUCGUUCAGAUUUUCAUUUUUUUAUUCUUUCGCUCCUUUUUCAUUCUAUCAUCACUUUAUUCUUUCGUUCAAGUUUUCAUUCUAUCAUUCUUUUAUUGUUUCGCUCAAAUUUCCAUUCUAUCAUACUCAUAUUCUUUUUUUCAGUCAUUUAUUCUUUUAAAACAAUUUUCUUUUAUUCAUUCAAUUUUCUUUGCUUUCUUUUUUCAUUGACAAAUAUGUUCUUCCCGUAA